UCUUCUCUCACCUGGUCUGGGCACUACCUAGCUUGUAAUUUGCAUACCCUUUUUUCUGUUCUUUUCCUUGAACGAGUUCAAAGAUUUCCCAGAAGCCAUCUCAUUGUAUAAAGCUGUUUCCUUUGAUUAUUGUUUCAAGAACCCUAAAACUUGCCUCUGCAGAUACUACAAUUCUUGUUGGAAUAGAAAAAAGGUCAGCUUUGGGGUUUAAAGUCGGUUUAUUGAGUUCUUGGACGUAAAAGGAGAUAUAAUACAUAAACAGACAUAUAUAGCUGCAUUUCUUCUUUGGGUUUUUUGAGUGGGAAGAAAAUGAGUAAAGGGAAGAGUGAAACAGUGGCAAAAGCACUCCUCAAGAGCCUAUGCUGUGGCAAUGGAUGGUCUUAUGCUGUCUUCUGGGGUUUCAACCUGCAAAAUUCCUUAUUGUUGACACUGAGGGAUGCCUACUAUGAGGAAGAGAUGGGUGGGUUGAUUGAUGAUAUGCUUCUGCAAGUUCAUAUACUUGGCAGUGGGGUGGUUGGCCAAGCUGCUUUUACCAAGAAACAUAAAUGGAUGCUUUCUGACACCAGUUCUGUUUGGCAGAGCCACCAUGGCUUGGCUGAUAAUUGUGAGUUGUUGCAGGAUGAUUCUGAAUUCUAUGGCCAGUUUUCGUGUGGGAUUAAGACAAUUGCAGUGAUAUCUGUUGAACCAUUGGGGGUUAUACAAUUUGGAUCUAAUCAGAAGCUUCCAGAGAGGAUGGAGUUUGUGGAUGAAACGAAAAAACUCUUUCAGGGGACAGAUAUUGAAUCACUUUUCGCUGAAAAUUCAGCAAAUGGUGAUGUUUUUGGGCUUAGCGGGUCUCUUGCUUCAUCAAUAUGCAAUUCUCCCUACUUUAUGAGCCCCGAAACUCUGCAAAGUCCAUCAGACUUUGUAGAUCCUAUAAUGAAUAUGGUUCAAUCAUUUCCGGUUGAAGUGUUCUCUCUAUUUGAUAACCAGUUUCAAAACGCCGGUGUAGAAACUCAGACCGACUUCAGCAGCUAUGACUUUCAGCCAUGGCAGUCACCUGUCCACUCUGCUAAUUACUUCAACAUGCCUCAACCUUCAUGGGGAGAAGGCUCGAGUUUAACUUCGUUACAGGAAAAUAUCUCAGCUGGAGCGAUUUCUCAGGAUUGUGACAAUGUGUUUUGUGCUUUGCCAAACCAAUUUGAGUAUUGUACAAAUACAGUUCAAAACGUCCUGGAGAGGCCGGUUAUGACUUCAACACAUGAAUUAGGGCAAUCGGUUGAUUUAGUUCAAACACAAGCUAGCUUAUGGACAUUUGAGGAGUCAUCCCGGGUAGGUGAUUUUGUAGCAGGUCCGUCUAAACCUUCUCUAAUGUAUGAUCUUUCUAGAUCAUUUUCUCCCAUGGCGGGCCAAACCAACGACAACAUGUCUAGUGUCAUUUCAACAUCAUCCAAUCUGAACGAACAGACAAAUUUCAGCGUAGGCAGUGAUCCAUCUGUUCAAGUAAAGAGUUCUAUCAGCAAUUCCUUCAGCUCCUUUAAAGGACAAAAACAUUCAAACACAUCUGCCUUUGAUAAUGUUUUUGGGUGUAAAAUGCCCGAGAAUUUGGACAACAUUAGAAAGCCAGCAAGAAGCGGUCAGCAAUGGGAUUUUGGUACUUCGAUUUCAGGAUGCACCUCAGAGCACUCAAUUGGUUCCAAGGAUUGGCCAUCAAAUCGAUUAUUCUCCAAAUUAGGAUUAGAUCAUCUUUUGUAUGACAAUCCUAGUAGCUCGUGUUCUUUUGUUGGAUCUAGUUGCAAUGAUCAGUUAUCAUCAACAAAGAAGAGGAGAAUUGAACACCCUCAAGCUGAGAGAGAAGUUACAAAGUUGGAAACAGUAUCAUUGAUUGGUGAAAAUUGCAGCACCAAUGUCGUGAAUACUAAGGAUCAUGAAAAACCGUCAAAAGCAGUCAAGAAAAAGGCAAAACCAGGAACUCGACCCAUCCCAAAAGAUCGUGUAAGGACCUACGAACGCCUUGCAGAGUUGAGAGAGCUCAUUCCUAAUGGUGGAAAGAUGAGCAUUGAUCGCUUGUUGCAUCAAACUAUAAAACAGCUGCUUUUCUUUCAAAGUGUCACGAGGCUUGCUGAAGGACUUAAAAAAACUGAAGAACUGAAGGAUAAAAAGGGCCGGAAAGAUACCAACUCCAACAGUAAUACUAGCGGAGUAACAUGGGCCUGUGAAAUCGAGAAUCAAACAAUGGUUUGUCCCCUGAUAGUUGAGGAUCUUUGUACUCCUGGUCAAAUGCUUAUAGAGAUCCUGUGUCAAGAACAAGGUUUCUUUCUGGAGAUAGUUGAUGUAAUCCGAGGUUUUGGCCUGAAUAUAUUGAAGGGAACCAUGGAACUUCGCGAGACUAAGAUAUGGGCACACUUCAUUGUUGAGCCUGAGGCAAACGCGUUUGUAUCAAGGCACGAGCUAUUUUCCUCCCUUCUUCAACUUUUACAGCUCUCGGGGCCUAGUGAGUUACACGCAAGAGAUCAGCUCGGUAAUGUUAGAGAUGGAAGGACUAGUACAUCGAGCAAUUGCUCCGAGUCUGCUGUGCCCUUUCCUAUUAGCUUGCCCGAGGGAGUAUCAUGCACGAGCUUAUAUUGACGUUUAAAAUAUUUAGACAGGUAAACGCUUUGACUGUAUAGUUAGUUCUCAUAUUGAUCUCUACUGGAGAAGAAACGAGGAAGGGGAAAUUGAUGACUGAAGAGGCAUGGCAGAUACUUGAGGGCAAUAUGUGUGUUUUUGGGUAAAUAUAUAAGUAGGAGGACUUUAUUUGGCUAUGAGUGAAGGGGGCAUGCUAAGCAAGAAUAGAGUAAUGCUCCUUAUAGGCUAACAGUUGAUUUUGUUUGUAACUUCAUUUCUUGGUUCUCAGUUGUAGCUUUUGUAUCAUGAAAUUGUGGCAUUUCUGCCCUUUGGCUAUUUACAAGUGAUUGCAGAAAA